AUGGCAGAGAUUUCUCCAUUCACAGCCGAUGAGAAAGUGAGGCGAAUUGCUCAGCACAUUCCCGAAAGUAACGUGUUUGAACGUGCAAAUGGUGAUACAUAUGGUGAAAAAGAUCCUUGUACCACUACUAAAUAUGGCUCGCAGUGUUCACUUUUGAAAAUACAGGGUGAAGGAUUAUCUUUUCUAGGGAAGAUACAUGGAGAUUUUGGAGAAAUAGAACAUCUUGAAACAUCAGGAAAUGCAGCUGCGUUCAUAAUACCAUCCGGUCUGUUCUUGCUAUUUUCUAAUCUGAAGACGUUACGAAUUUACAACUGUAACGUAGUGGACAUUGAACCCGGAGCUUUUCGCAGUUUACACAGACUAGAGGUUCUAGAAAUAUCCGGUAAUUCCAAUCUAACAUUUGAUUCAGUUUCAAAGGGAAUUUCUCAGUUGAAUUCUCCGAAUUUACGGGUGUUUAAUAUUAGUGGUAACCAUAACACCGAGGACCUUCCUGGAGCAGUUAUCAGAAAACCGAUGUUUGAGCUUCUUUCUAACACUUCCUUGAAAAUUCUAGACGUCAGUUGGACCAAACUAACAACAUUGUUGGCACCAUUCGACUUACUACCUCACCUCGAAACACUUAAUGUAUCAGGUACUCUGUUACAAGGUUCAAGUAGUUGUGUUUCUGCUAUUACAUCACUGGUCAACUUUUCUUAUAUGGCAAUUGACCACUGGCCAUUUUCCACAAGAGGAUAUAACAAUAUUCAGUGGAUGGAAGAGCCGCAUGGUUUAUUCAAACGGAGUGCCAAAAACACAACCAGGAAGUAUAUAUCAAAAAAUGGAUAUCUUCAACAGAAUCUCCUUAAAGUGAUAGAUGUAGCUGUCGUUCAACAUUUUACUUACUUAAGAAGACAUAUCGAAAUUAACUUGAAGGAUAAUGCAUUAGAAUGUGACUGCGAGCUGUUAACUCUUACUGAAGAUGUAAACGUAUCAACAACACCCUUCAGUUGUAGCUUUGAAGGUGAAAAUAGACUGAUCAGUAGAAAUAUUGCUCAUGCAUUCGUACAAAAUGUUUGCGCUGAAGAAGAUGAACGUAAUUUGAUGACUUUGUUGGGUGCUACGUCUGGAGUAUUGGGAGCGGUUGCGUUGCUUUUCGUGGCAGUUGUGAUUUAUAGAAAAAGAAAACAUUCUCCUGCCAAGAAAAACAUGCCUGUUAUAAUUCAUUUAAAAGACUGUGAGUCAAUUGAAGAGUAUCCUCGCAGAAACCCAAAGUUUGUCGUAUUCCUUGCAUAUUGUUCCAAAGAUUCCGAAUUUGUCCUUAAGAAAAUUUACAGAAAAUUAAACAAUAAGUUAUUAAAACUGUUGGAAGACACUGAAUAUGUAAAAGAUCCAGAUCAUUUAAUUAUUCUAUAUGAUAAACAUUUCUUAGCAGGAGUAGAUAUUGAUGAAAUUUGCCGUAAAGCAAUUACAGAAAGUCAUGUGACUGUAGCUGUAGUAACGGAAAACUUUCUGGAAAGUUCAUGGUGUAACUUAGAAGUUAAAAUGGCAAUUUCUUCAAACGUUCCGUUAUUGCCUUUGUUUAUUAUGAAAUGUGACCCAGGAAGGUUGACAGGAUUUUUGAGAGUCGUGUAUGAAGAAAAGGUCAGACUUCUCUGGCCGGAUACAUCUCUUUUGGACGACAGGCUGGCAGAAGCGGAAGAAAACAAGCUCUUGGACACACUGUGUACUCACAUUAUGUCUUAUGUUCAGCUUCAUCAAGAUCAGUGUUGUAAUGCGCAAAUUUAG